AUGAGGUGGUUUGUGGUGCUACUUUCGCUCUGCGGCGGAUUGUGGGCGAGAGAUAUUCCUUCAGUUGACUGGCAAGAUGGUGGUCCCAUAGACGACUUACCGGUUGAAGUUCCACAGAUCGACGGUUACGCUACUGGUUGCGCCGUGCGGCUGAACGGAGAUCUUCCGCAACUGCAGCCCCUGAUAUUGGUGCCCGGGACAGAGAACUUUCGGUACCCGAGCACGAACAGUGGCAUCCUUAACCUGGAUGCAGGAGAAACGCUUGAGCUGGCAUGCGCCACCGGCUUUGCGCUGUUCCCCGAGAGAAGCUCCAUCCUGGUGACGUGCGUUAUAAACGAUCAGUUCAACUAUGACAGCAAGAUGCAUCCGUUCAUCGACUUUGGCUGUACGGCCAAUUGGCGUAGCGUGGCUCGAACUACGGUGCGGCGCUGUUACAACGAUGCGACGAUCGUGGAAGUCGGUUUUGAGCUGGGCGUGGGUCGGUUUCCCAGGGUGAUGGAAAUAUGCCACGAUUCGGUUCGGUUCGACAACCAUUACGUGGUGUACGAGUUCACUCCGGCGAACGCCGGUUUCCAGACGGGUGUGGCCCGUCCCGGAUGGAUCCAGGGUAGCUUCUACACGGGCGUUAACGUAAACACGCUGUACACGGUCAAUAUGCAACGCGAAACGAUUGCCACCAUCCUCAACUCACAGCAACGGGCGGAUGAGCUGGUCCAGACGACCAACAACGGGAUCUACAUGGCGCGCGGCCAUAUUGCGGCCCGUGCCGACUUUGUGUACGCUCCGCAGCAGAACGCCACCUUCUGGUUCCUGAAUGUCGCACCGCAGUGGCAAAACUUUAACGCCGGAAACUGGGAGCGGAUUGAGGCUUCGUCCAAGACGUUCGUUGCCUCGCGCAACAUCCACGUUCGGGUGUACAGUGGAACCUAUGGGGUGCAAACGCAAGCCGACGGAAACGGAGACCACCGGGAGAUUUUCCUCGACUUUGACGGCAACGGGCGGCAACGGUUGCAGGCACCGAAGGUUUACUACAAGAUCCUGCACAAUGAAGCCGCCAACUUGGGCAUCGUUUUGAUCGGGGUGAACAACGUGCACAUUCCGAUUGAUACGAUUCGACGAGAUUACAUUUUCUGCACGGACGUCAGCUCGCGGAUCGGGUGGAUCAACUGGGACCGGGAAAAUCUUGCCCGUGGCUACUCGUACGCAUGUGAGGUGAAUGAAUUCAAUCGGGUUACUGGCCACCUUCCACACCUAAACGUUGCUAGUUUGUUGAUCUAA